CCGGAAGUCAUCUAAUAUUUCCGGGUCGCUGUUUCCACGUGUAAAGUUAUGAAAACAUCGGUCGAUUUAAAAGGUCCUCGCGCGCUCUGACGUGACUCUACAAUGCUCACUUACUGUAUCAGAAAGCGACUUUUUGUUUCCAGUCGUGUGAAUUCGAACAUUUCUCCCCUUCUUGAGCUGCUGCAGUUCUAUAAACACUUCAGUAAGAGCAGCGAUGGAGGAGGAGGAGGAGGAGGAGGAGGAUCUGAUCCAACCAGUGGCAUGAUACAGCUGUUCCAGCGGCGGUUCUUUAUCCCUCCAGAAGACAAUCAUGCUGUGUCUUUACUCAGAGGCCGAUCCUGUGCGUAUGGACCCUUAGGAGUGGAUAUCAAGAGGAACCUGCUGGAGCAGUGGUGGUCUUCUGUGGUUAGAUCAAGACCUCAGGUGUUUGGGAUAAGUACCCUUUAUGGGGUAGGAGACAAUGGUGCAGGAGACGUUGAGGAUCUGUUCAAACAAACGGAUUUGACUAAAGAGCAGCUGGGUGUAAGAGUGUGUGAGCUUCUUAGACAGAGGAAACCUUUUAGGACCAGUCUCCUACAAGGUGCUUUGGCACAGUACAUCCCGUCCCUGGAGCUCAUGAACAGGAAGCUGCCGUUUGGUCUGGCUGAAACGGGUCUGUGUUACCAGCCUGAGGACGACCGCACUGAUACAAUCGGUUGCUCUGCAGAGGUGACCGAGGCGUCGCUGGUUUGGUUCUGUUCCCCCCGGACGUCCUCGCAGUGGCUCGACUACUGGACACGACAGAGACUACAGUGGUGGAGAAAGUUUGCUUUAGGUCCAUCUGAUUUCAACGUGUGUGACGUUCAGGAUGACGAGCUAAUCGACGGCGCGUCCCGUGGAGCGAAGGUGCUCUAUAAGUUCCCCUGGGGCACAGAGACACUGGAAACACUGUGGAUGCUCGGCGAUGCAGAGCUGCUCAAGAGCCACCUGGGCAACCGAGAUAAACUACAAUGCAGAGACGGGAAGAAGGUUGUAGUGCCUCACGUCCUCUCUCUCAGUGCAAAUAUGGACAGGGGAACCCUGGCUGUUCUUUUGAACUCCUUACAAGACAUCCAGAAAGUGGACAGCAAGCAGAGACUUCAUCAGAGAAUGGUUUUGAAGCUACAUCCUACUUUAGCUCCUGUUAAAGUAGCACUGGACAUGGGCAAAGGUUCCACCUCUGAGCUCAGACAGGUGUGUGAGGGUCUGCUUCACCAACUCCUAGAAGUGGGAAUCAGUGCAUGGCCUGGAUACAUGGACACCAUGCAGUCCUCCAUGGACAAACUACACACCAAGUAUGACGAGAUGGGCGUGCUGUUUACGGUGAUGGUCGGAGAGAACACCCUGGAGAACGGGCUACUGUUGAUCCGCAACCGUGAUACCACCGUCAGGGAGACCAUGCACAUCUCUGAGAUCCGAGAGUUUAUUCUCAAAUACAUAUCGAAGGCUGAAAACAUCUGAUCCAUGACUGGAUUUGACGGACUCUUUGGUCCAGAAAUGUAUUAUUCUUACUUUGAUACUUGAUAUCAGUGUUACACCUUUGUUAUUAAAGGAAAGCUCUUCUGUGAAUGUGUUUA